CUUCAGUUUUUUUUCUUUUCGCCGGCUGGUUGAGGAUCGCAAUCGUAAGUACACUGACUUCGUCAGGCGUUCGAGAGAUCUGCACACCGAACGACUUCGCAGCGCAUCGGCUCAAAUCUAUCGUCUGUCGCCUGUGUCAGUUGCUCAAUAAAAAAUGGUGGACUCAGAUUUUAGAUAGUUGUUUGAAAGAACUUCUGAGUUGGUCGUCGUGUCUGAGCCUCGAACUUCCUUAUUUCGUUUCAAUGUAAAAAUGAUGAUGGCAGUGGCUGGAAUCGCAAAUCUUGUUCGACGCCGCACAGGCGCAGUUGUGCUGCUGGUCUUCUUCGCGGGCGCCCCGCGACUUACAUACGGCCGCAAGCGGAUGCUGCGGUCUGAGCCGCGUCCUCCCCCGACUGAGGCGCUCUUGGAUGCGCAGGGCGAACUAGACGAGGAAGCGGAACGGUUCAUACAGGCGAACGCAGCAACACCCGGCGAGAGCGGACGGGAGAAACUGAAACAGAGAUCUGAUGAAGACACCGCUUCUUCGAGUGAAUUGUAUCUGCCCGAUGGAGCGAUGUCUCCAGAAGCAGCAGCAUUCAACCCCUGGACUCCGACAACUUUUCUGGGAAAUAAAGCCGGUGCAGCUGGUGAUCAUGAAACAAGCACGAGUGCUGGCGAAGCUGAUUUGUUGACGGACGGGUCUACUUCUGUCGACAAGCUUUUGUUUCACGGGGCGGAAGCCCUGUCGACCACCAUUUCUUCCUUUACGUCGCUAGACGGGGCGAGUCGCACCCCAUUCUGGUUACUGUCAGUCGCUUUGUUUCUGUUUGGUACGCUGACGUGGCGGCACCAGAAAGUCGGGACGACAACGGGUGGCUCGGUCGAGGAAGCCGGAGUGAAAGGGGGUGUCGAUAAGAGCCUCUCGUCGUCGUGUUGUUCCACGGAUGUGUCGUUGGAGCAGUUGGAAGGUACUAAAUGUCACUUCAAUACGUGCUAAAACUGAUGCUAUCAUCCAUUUCGACUUGGUCCUUUUUCUACGUGUAGAAGUAGAUCGCCAUGUGAACAACUAGAGGACUGGUGGUGACAGUUUGUGACAUUGAUAGGUCGUGGCCUCGUUCGCUUUUAACCAGUUAAGUUCGAGAAACAAAUAUCAAUAUGACGCAGUUCUGCACGCAAGCGGGAACAUUGUUGCGGAAGAUGUCUCGACCAUGUCCUUUCUCGAGGAAGAGGAACCGUACGACAUUUCAUUCCAGCCGCUGACGAAACCGGGAGUGGUUACGGGCUCGCUGAAGGGUGCGGAUGCGGAGCCUGGAAAUUGAAAAUGUUGCUAAGGAUCUCUGAUAUUCGAGGGAGAGGGUCGUGCUAGAAAAGAUCCGUUUCAGUUUUGACUUUUUACGGAAGACUGCGAAGAAGUAUGCUUGUACCAAAAACUGCGAACAAACAAACGUGAAAAAAUUGUUGAUUGAGUAGGCAGCUCAGAAAGUACGUACAUUGAAUUGAUGACAACUACCUUGUAUCCACUUAGUUACACCCAAUUUUCCUAGAAAUGAUUUUUUCUGCUUUGUACAAGAAGGACAAGUAAUGACCAGAAUUUCGAGAAUAAAGCUAUCACUUGGAACAAGUAUAAUCACUGCAAGCAAAGGU